AGUUGCGCAAAUGAUGUACAACAAUAGUGAAAUUUACAUUCUUCUUAAAUAGGUGCUAUAAUUGUUAUAUAAUGUUAGUCAAAAAACAAAUUGUCUUCUUAGCAACUGGUCAGCUAUAAACAAUAAAAAACAAAUGAUAUUAAUCAUAAAACUACGAAGAUUUUGGUAAAAAAUUAUUAUUUUGCAUUGUAAACAACUCAUUUCGAAUUGUUUGGUAUAAAUUUGUAUAAUAUACAAGUUUAAAAUGAAAUAUUACAUUUCAAAUUUUACGGGAUGAAUUAAACAAGAUAAAACAAUUUCGUUAAAAGCUGUAUUUCGCCAUCUAUACUUCAAAUAGCAAACCAUAUUCAUAGAUUAAUAAAUAGUUCCACACGUAAUAGCGCUGUGUCAUACGAUAUACGGUUUUUACAAUUCUAUUAUUCCAUAAAUGCUACAUUAACUCACUGAGGAGUAACAAAAUAUUAUCUAUUUAAUAUUAAUGAAAGAAUUUUAAUAUUCUGGUUGAAAGACAAAAGUUAGUAGAUUUAGAAAAAAGAAUAUGAAAUUGACUAUGUUCGACUGACAUUUCUUUGACACAAUAUAUGACGUGUUGUUUUAAUUUUUAAAUUAUGGCGGCAGACGUAGAUAGUGAGAUAACAAAUAAUUCAAGGAAAAUGUAUUUUCCUUUACUAAUAAAUUUAGGAAUGUCCAUAUUGGCAUAUUACCUAACUGUAAGAUUAAUACCAGGUCUAAAAGAAAAAUUUAUUAAAGCUAAUUUAUUCGGAAUUGAUAUGAGCAAAACAACCAGUGAUAAAGUGCCAGAAUCAUUAGGGGUAGUUACAGGAUGUUCUUUUUUAAUUACCAUGUUUUUAUUCAUACCAAUACCUUUUGCAAAUAGUCUGUUUAAUGGAGAGUUUCCACAUAAUGAGUUUGUGGAAUUAAUAGCAGCACUUCUAUCAAUAUGCUGCAUGCUAUUAUUAGGUUUUGCUGAUGAUGUGCUAGACUUACGCUGGAGGCAUAAACUUCUACUCCCAACAAUAGCUUCACUGCCUCUUUUGAUGGUUUAUUACGUGAAUUUUAAUUCAACAACGAUUGUAGUUCCUAAACCAUUAAGGGAUAUAUUAGGUUACUCUUUGGAUAUUGGAAUUUUGUAUUAUGUGUAUAUGGGUAUGCUUGCCGUAUUUUGCACUAAUGCAAUUAAUAUUUUGGCAGGAGUAAAUGGUUUAGAAACAGGACAAAGUGUUGUGAUUGCUCUAUCCAUUAUCAUUUUUAAUGUCAUAGAAUUAUUUGGAAAAUUAUGGAAAGCACAUCAGUUUAGUCUUUACUUUAUGUUACCGUACACUGCAACUACCCUCGCUCUUCUUAAACACAAUUGGUAUCCUUCAAAAGUGUUUGUCGGCGAUACAUUCUGCUAUUUUUCAGGCAUGACGUUUGCAGUCGUAGGUAUCCUAGGCCAUUUUAGUAAAACAACAUUAUUAUUCUUCAUACCUCAAGUGUUUAAUUUUUUAUACUCUUCCCCGCAACUUUUCCGAUUAAUUCCAUGUCCUAGACAUCGAUUACCAAAGUUUAAUUCGAAAAUAGAUCGUAUGGAAAUCAGCACCACCAUUUUUAAAUAUUCAGAAUUAAAUAUCUUAGGAAAAUCUAUUAUAAGCCUUUUUAGAAUAUUCAAAUUGAUUAGAUGGCAAGAAAAAGAUGGUGUAGUCGUUACCAAUAAUUUAACGCUGAUUAAUUUGGUUUUAUUGUAUUGCGGGCCAUUACACGAAGCCAAAUUAACUGCGAUUUUGAUUUGCAUACAAAUAUUUUUCACUGGAAUUGCAUUUGUGAUAAGAUAUCCACUAGCGUCUCUUUUUUAUGAUGUAUAGUUCGUAGAAAAAUCAGUCUAUAAGUAAAUAGUAGUUUAUCAAAGCACCGAAAUCUAUUUUUAACUAUAAUUAUAAUCAUCGUUAUUUUUUAUCAGUGUCAUUGACCUACUCGAUCUAUAAAUAUUUUUUUUUGAAAAGAAGUUUGUUCAUCGGCCAAAAUUUUUCUAUAAAUUCUUGACGAAAAAAUACUUUCUCUGUUGUAGUAUCAAACACAAGUUUAUUAAUUGUUCAAAUACCUACACUGUUAAAAUUAUUCAUUAUAAUCGACAUUAAUUGUUA